AUGGCUCGGCAUUGGCUCACUUUCUGGGUUGGUCAGGCCUUGCUGGCAACCGCCCAUGGCAGUCUUCACAAGCGGGCUCUGCGACGUCCAGAGAGUGCGCCGAAUCCAGUUGCCUUGGUGUCUCCGUCUCCACUGACUCCUCUCAGCAAUGAUGAAGUGGCUUCCGCAGCCGAACUUGAAGAAAUCCAGAAGGAUCUGAAGGCAUCUGAGGCUGAUCGAGCAAAGAUCACCAUGUUGCAAAAGAGCUUGCAGACGCAGCAGCUUCUCGCAGCUGAGAGCCAGGCGGUCGUUCGAUCCUUCUCUGCCGAUGAGUACCCGGGCAGCGUCUUGCAGGAGCAGCAACAGCAGCUGAAGGAGUUUUCCGCACAGACUCAAGGUGUGCUGGGCUUCAGUGCAAAAGCCGCCAAGGAGGCAAGCCAAAAGGCUUUAGAAAGUGCUGUCGCCAUCGAGAAGGCGGCCGUGCGAGCGCAACAAAAAGCAGAGAAGCAGCAAGCAGAGGCGAAGAAGGCCUCAGAGCUCUCCGCGAAGCUCGCUUCGGAGGCCAAAGUCGAGCUACAACGAGUUCAAGCAGCUGUGGCAUCGCCUAUGGUGAAACCAGACAAGACGCAGCCGGCCACAAGGCAUGACAGCCGUGCCACCAACGCUCCAUCAAGACUUCAGACAGUAGCAAUGGUGAAGAAGACCAACAGCACCGGCCUUGCAGACGACAGCCAGGAAGACGGCGGAGACUCCGAAGACGGGGAUCUUGAUUAG